AUGGCUAAAGCUACUGACGAAACUAAGCAAGAUAAAUUGUCAACAGCAAUUUUAGAUCAAAAAAAGCGUCCAAACCGUCUCCUUAUUGAAGAUUCUCUCAAUGAUGACAAUAGUGUUGUUGCCUUAUCACAACAAAAAAUGGACGAAUUACAAUUAUUUCGUGGAGAUACUGUUACACUCAAAGGUAAAAAACGUCGUGAAACAAUAUCUAUUGUACUUGCCGAUGAAGCUUGCCCAAACGAUCAUAUUCGAAUGAAUCGUGUUGUCCGUAAUAAUUUACGUGUACGUUCCGGUGACAUUGUUUCAAUUCAAGCCUGCUCAGAUGUUAAAUAUGGUAAACGUAUACACGUUUUACCUAUUGAUGAUACUGUUGAAGGAAUAACGGGAAAUCUAUUUGAAGUCUACUUGAAACCGUACUUUCUUGAAGCCUAUCGUCCAGUUAAGAAAGGUGAUGUUUUUAUUGUACGUGCAGCUAUGCGCGCUGUAGAAUUUAAAGUCAUUGAAACUGAUCCAGCUCCAUAUUGUAUUGUUGCGCCAGAUACAACUAUUCAUUGUGAAGGUGAUCCAAUUAAACGUGAAGAAGAAGAAGCUUCAUUAAAUGAAAUCGGUUAUGAUGACAUCGGUGGUGUUAGAAAACAAUUAGCACAAAUUAAAGAAAUGGUUGAGUUACCAUUGAGACAUCCACAAUUGUUUAAAACUAUUGGUGUUAAACCACCACGUGGUAUUCUUCUCUAUGGACCUCCAGGCACAGGCAAAACUUUAAUCGCACGUGCUGUGGCCAAUGAAACCGGUGCAUUCUUCUUCCUAAUUAAUGGACCGGAAAUCAUGUCGAAAUUAGCUGGCGAAUCCGAGUCAAAUUUACGAAAAGCUUUUGAAGAAGCGGAAAAGAAUUCUCCGGCUAUUAUCUUUAUUGAUGAACUUGAUUCUAUUGCACCAAAACGUGAAAAAACACAUGGUGAAGUUGAGCGUCGUAUCGUUUCACAAUUGUUAACAUUGAUGGACGGUCUUAAACAACGUUCACAUGUUAUUGUUAUGGCUGCAACAAAUCGACCAAAUUCAAUUGAUCCUGCACUUCGACGUUUUGGUCGAUUUGAUCGUGAAGUUGAUAUUGGCAUUCCGGAUGCUGUCGGUCGAUUAGAAAUUCUUCGUAUACACACGAAAAACAUGAAAUUAGCAGACGAUGUCGAUCUAGUACAAAUUGGUAAUGAAACGCAUGGCUAUGUGGGUGCUGAUAUAGCAUCAUUAUGUUCGGAAGCAGCUUUACAACAAAUCCGUGAAAAAAUGGAUGUGAUCGAUUUAGAAGAAGAUACCAUUGACGCUGAAGUACUUGAUUCAUUAGCUGUUACGCAAGACAAUUUACGAUUUGCAUUGGGCCAAUCGAAUCCAUCAGCUUUACGUGAAACUGUUGUUGAAAUACCAACAACAACAUGGGAAGAUGUUGGUGGCUUAGAGACUGUUAAACGUGAAUUACAGGAACUUGUUCAAUACCCAGUUGAACAUCCCGAGAAAUUUCUCAAAUUUGGUAUGACACCAUCACGUGGUGUUCUCUUCUAUGGACCACCGGGCUGUGGUAAAACACUAUUGGCCAAAGCUAUUGCUAAUGAAUGUCAAGCAAAUUUCAUUUCAAUUAAGGGUCCUGAAUUAUUAACUAUGUGGUUUGGUGAAUCAGAAGCUAAUGUACGUGAUGUUUUCGAUAAAGCUCGUCAAGCUGCACCAUGUGUACUCUUCUUCGAUGAAUUAGAUUCGAUUGCCAAAGCUCGAGGUGGUAGUGCCGGUGAUGGUGGUGGUGCUGCUGACCGUGUUAUUAAUCAAAUUUUAACUGAAAUGGAUGGUAUGGGUGCGAAAAAGAAUGUUUUCAUUAUUGGUGCAACAAAUCGACCAGAUAUUAUUGAUUCCGCUAUUCUUCGACCAGGUCGUCUUGAUCAAUUGAUUUAUAUUCCAUUGCCAGAUGAUAAAUCUCGUGUUGCUAUUCUGAAAUCUGCUUUGAGAAAAUCACCUAUAGCCAAAGAUGUUGACCUUCAACUUUUGGCAAGCGUUGCCAAAGGUUUUAGUGGUGCUGAUUUAACAGAAAUAUGUCAACGUGCAUGUAAAUUAGCUAUACGCGAAUCUAUAGAGAAAGAUAUCAAUCGAGAAAAAGAUCGAAUACGUGACGGACAAGCAGCUAUGGACGCUGAUGAACCUGAUCUUGUUCCCGAAAUUCGACGAGAUCAUUUUGAAGAGGCAAUGAAAUUUGCUAGAAGAUCCGUUAGUGACAAUGAUAUACGGAAAUAUGAAAUGUUCGCUCAAACAUUACAACAAUCACGUGGUUUCGGUUCACAAUUCCGUUUUCCCGAUCAAGAAAGACCAUCACAAGAAGGAAGCGGUGGUAGUGGUAGCAAUCGUAGAAAUGAAGAUGACGAUUUGUACAACUAA